AUUUGAUUAAUUUAUGCUUCAUUGAUCAUCAUAGAUUUUGGAAUCCGAUUCUCUAAAACCCCCUUUUCAUUUCCUUCGAUUCUUUGCUUUCUAUUUUAUUUUUACGUAAUUAGAUCACCUCUGCUUCAAUUCUACGCUUUCUGCUGAAAAGGUUAGGGACAAUAUGGAAGGAACUCAAGGAAGUGUCUUUACCCCAGCUUUGGAAGGAAUUAAGCUGGUCAAGUCCGAGGAUGGAGAAAUGUUGACCAGGCCUUUCUUGGAUGCAUGCAAGCACAUUCUGCCUGUCAUAGACAAAUUUGGUGCUGCAAUGACACUUGUAAAAUCUGAUAUUGGUGGAAAUAUUACGAGAUUGGAAAACAAGUACAAAUCAGAUCCAGAAAAAUUUAAGUAUUUGUAUAGUAUGGUACAAGUGGAGGUUGAAAGUAAGACAGCUAAAGGAUCAUCCAGCUGUACCAACGGCCUGCUUUGGCUAACAAGAGCUAUGGAUUUCUUGGUGGAAUUAUUCCGCAAUUUGCUUGAGCACCCAGACUGGUCAAUGUCUCAAGCUUGUACCGACUCCUAUGGCAAGACCUUGAAGAAAUGGCAUGGGUGGCUUGCCAGUUCAAGCUUCUCUAUUGCAAUGAAGUUAGCUCCAGAUAGGAACAAGUUUAUGGAGGUGCUUGGGGGCGAUGCUGUCAAGUGCGACAUUGAGCAGUUUUUGACCACCUUCAAUCCCCUGCUUCAGCAAAACCACAAGUUUUUGGCUAGUGUGGGCUUGGAUGACAUGAAAGCUUCUUAAUGCACAAAGGAAGUUACAUUUGAGUUUUAAGUUAGAAUUGCACACUUUGAGGAUAUGCAGACCAGAUACUAAAAUUCCUUGUUUUCUGUCUAUCCUUUUAGGAGGACAUAAUACCGAGUACACUUGUUCUCAAAUAUACGAAUUACAAAGUAUUAGUUACAGAGCCUUAGUGCCUGUUUUUCUGACAAUGUAAUGUUACCCAUCAACAUUGUUAAUCCUGGUUUAAGUCAUUGCAUCUUGUCUUCUGAA